AUACAAGGAUCUAAUUGAAAAUGUGUUAUAAAUAGAAGUUUUGUGUGAUAAAAAGAAGUUUUAUGGAAGUGAAUGAUACGAAUUAUUGUACUGUGACAAGUGUGCACGGUGUGGCGUCCUGAUCAACAGAGGGUGUCGUGUUUAGAAGUCCACAAGAAGGAUCUUUAAUAACAUUUCUAGGUGUUGUGUUUAGAAAGUCCACAAGGAGGAUCUUUAAUAACAUUUCUUUUGAAAGGAGAAUUAUGUACUCGAGCAUUUAAACUGCGUAUGUGUAGCAAUACCAACACACCUUGUCUGAAUGGUCACCGCCAUGAAAAAUUUCCUCAAGUUCAAGACUGGGGAGAGUCCUGAUGUCCGGAAGUUUGGAGAAGAGUAUUACUUGAGAGAGGCCAAGAUAUGGCGCCCAUUCCGAAUUUGUGGAGUGUUUUCUGUAGCCAUAGCUCUCCCUCUCACCCUGUCUUCUAUACUCCACGACAAUUGGCUUUAUGGUGAAGGUUUCCAGAGCGGUAUGUGGGACAAGUGCUAUCAUAUGGAGAACUCCAGCGUCGCCCCGAUCUGCAUCGGAGACUCGGUCCAGCGGUGGCAGAAUGCCGUUAUUGGCCUGAUGAUUUUUUCCGCUUCGUUUGGAUUUAUCGCUUCCGUUUUAGCCGUGUGUGGAGUCUGUACAUCACCAUUGCCCAAAAAGAUUUAUUACUUCCACUCAGCGGGAGAAAUAUUUUUAGUCUGUGCGAUAAGUACAGGAGCCGCCUUAAUCAUUUACCCGGUUGCCAUGGAAUCAAACGACUCGUCCUCGUCUCACCAGUACGGUCCCGGCUACGGGCUGGGGUGGGGCAGUGCCUUCUUUUUUUUAGCAGCCGCUUUUUGCAUGAGUCUAGAUGACCUAGUUAGAGAAUCAUCCAAAGCCAAAAUAUGUAUGGACUUCCUGUCCCUUUUCGUCGUUUUCUUCCUUCCAUUAUGUUUUGCCGAUAAUUCCGCUACCGUAACCAUGACAAAGACCCAUGUUUGGAGCGGUAACUUCGAGGGACAUUUCAUCCUACCUGUUACACAUGGAGAUCUCAUCGGCUGGGAAGCCAUCAUCACCUUCAAUGUUCCUGUCACAAAUAUACAGCAAUAUGUUGGUACAGUAAAGCGGACAAGUUCUGACAACAAAAUCAUUCUCCUGGUGAACAGGGCGGACAAAGGCAUUGUGAAACAAGGAAACUCAUUGGAUAUCCAGAUCGGUGGGCGUUACACUGGAAGUACGCAACCAACGGCAACAGCCGACAUCGUGGAUCUGUCGUUCGAUUCUCAAGUUGUGCCCACAGUUGUCGAUGCUGAUGGAACAAAAUACAACUAUGACGAAGUUCUCAUGAAGUCCAUCCUAUUCUAUGAGGCUCAACGGUCUGGUAAACUUCCAGCCAAUAACAGGAUUCCAUGGCGCGGCGACUCCGCCCUGCAUGAUCAUGGAGAUAAUGGGGAGGAUCUAACGGGAGGGUGGUAUGACGCCGGAGACCAUAUCAAGUUUGGAUUCCCAAUGGCUGCUUCCACUACUCUCUUGGCCUGGGGCCUGUUGGAAUACAAGGACGCUUAUGAGAACAGUGGACAAUUGGAGCACAUGUAUGACAGCAUCAGGUGGCCACUGGAGUGGAUGUUGAAAUGCCACACAGGUCCUAAUGAGUUAUAUGUUCAGGUUGGAGAUGGAGGACAAGAUCACGGUUACUGGGGCAGACCAGAAGACAUGACUAUGGCAAGACCUGCUUUCAAAAUAACCGCCAGUCGUCCCGGAAGUGACAUAGCAGCUGAGUAUGCGGCGGCGUUCGCCGUGUCAUACCUAGUAUUCAAAGAAAAAGAUUCAGAUUUUGCUGACAAAAUGCUGGAUCAUGCCAAGCAGUUGUACGAUUUUGCGGUUCAUCAUAAAGCUAGAUAUAGUGACAGUGUAAACCAGGCUGCUGCAUAUUACAGAUCUGACAAGUAUGAGGACGAGUUGACGUGGGGCGCCGCCUGGCUGUACCGAGUCACCAACGACACUAAAUACCUGAACUGGGCCGAGCAGUACUAUAUCACUGGACCGGACUGGGGACAGUCCUGGGACGACAAAUACUCCGGGAAUAUGAUCCUCCUAUAUAACAUGACGGGAAAAGAUAUUUACAAGAAUGAUAUUGAGGCAACAUUUAACGACUGGAUGCCGGGCGGAAGUGUUCCCUACAGUCCAAAAGGAAUGGCCUUCCGGUCUCAGUGGGGCGCUCUCAGAUAUGCUUCAAACAUGGCGUUCAUGGCGUUACUGUCAGCGGAUGCUGGGAUCCAUCCAGACGAAUACCGCCGCUGGGCGAGAACUCAGAUAGGAUAUGCCCUCGGGGAUAGUGGCAGAAGUUUCGUUGUCGGAUUUGGAACCAAUCCUCCGAAGAGACCACAUCAUAGGUCUAGUUCUUGUCCAAAUCGACCCUCACCCUGCUCCUUUGCGGACCAACAACAGCCUGGUCCCAACCCUCACACCCUGUAUGGGGCUCUGGUAGGCGGACCUAAUGGCCAGGACCAAUAUGCAGAUGAUAGAAAGGAUUACGUCAGCAAUGAGGUGGCGUGCGAUUAUAACGCGGGCUUCCAGAGUGCCGUUGCAGUUUUUGGGAAAAGGAGGCAGCAGUACUAGACUUCAGAGAGCUGUCGAGUGGACAACCAAAUACCCCAAAUUCUUCAUCACUUUCUUCGGACCAUUGAAAGUAUCAUGUACCCUCAACCACCCAGACACCAUCAAGAUAGUCCUCAAAGGAGCAGAUCCCAAACCUGUUGGGUUUGGAGGAGUGUAUCGCCACGCCCUGCCUUGGCUGGGGGAAGGGCUUCUGAUUGC